AUGGCACCUAAUAAGCAGGUUACCUCUGCACCCGCGAUACAAAGCGCCCCCGCAUACGGCAUACAACUCGUUCCUACUACACAAGACGCACCGCCCGCGCCCUCGAGCAAACCCCGAGCGCCCUCCAACCACAGCCAACCCGCCGCCGCCGUACCCCAACACACCUCACCGCACCAACCCGUGCUGAAAAGCCACCAACAACCGCCCCAACCCCCCGAAACCGCACACGUCGUCCAGCCCCCACAACCCCAAACCUUCCCCCGCGGCUCCGUCUCGACAGCCGACCUCCGCCUCCUCCAAUGCGAAGUCACCGCCGGCCUCUUCACCUUCUUCUACCCACGCUCCACAAUGCCGCCCGACGAAGCCAGCCUCCUCGUGCGCAUGCACACACUCUGGUACCACGGCGAACCGCUCUUCCGCACCGAACUAUCCACACACUACGAUCUCGUGUCCAAGAUCCUUACCGCAUGGCUACACGAGCGUCAAGCCAUUGCUUCACUACGGCACAGCAUGGCUGCCAACCCGGGCGUGUCUCACAUUGGCCUGGUAGACCGGUUGCUGGCUAUGAACGAUCUCAGGGCUAUGCGGUUGAAGUGGAAGAAUAUGAGUAGUAUUGAUGGAUUGAGUCCUGAGGAUCUACUCUGUAUGGCUUUUAGGGUUAUGACGAAUACGGAGGGGAGCGAGUAUAUGUUUAAAGAUGGGUUGGCGAGGCUGGAGCUGGGUGUGUUUGAGUUUUUGAGGAGCGAGGAUGCGAAGAUUGUCAUGCAGCGGAGGGAUACGAGGGCGGGGUGA